UGGUUAGUGUCAUUAUUUCCUGUUUUAGGAAACAAUUAUAUGUAUUUUUUUGCUUUUUGUCUGUUAGGUAGUUGCAAAGUCGACUGGCUGGUAGGGAUCUGGAUGAUCUAUGUCGCGUGCAAGACCCAGAACCAUGUGUUAAAGACCGAGCUCACUUAACUACUCCAGACUCCAGACUACAGUAGGCAAUGUGGCUAAAAAAGGGUUAUGUUAAGAUUUUAGUCUUCAAUUGCCAUAUUAAUUGCCGUACUCAAAGCGUACUCUACGCUACUGUGCUACUGCAGACUACUUUAUGUCGUGACCCUGUUCCCCGGGAAACUCGGCAACAGCUUCACAUAUCACGAUAUUACUUCAACAUACAGUGGCGGGGAUCUAGAGGCGUUCAUUCCGUGCUUUUAGCACAUAUGAGAGAAUACCAGCCGUCUGGGCCCCAUGGGUUGACUGUGCGCAUGGAUUAUGAUAACAUUGGAGAUAAAAAACAUGGCGAUAUCCCCCUCUUUGUGGCGGGGUAAGCAGAAGAUUAAGUCCACAACAUCUGGAAAUUAUAUCACUUUCUUCUGAAUAAGACUGCACUAUCUGUGUCAUCAUGGCGACUACAGUUGAGCAGCUCGGGAUCAACUCUCUCAAGCUAGACGGCGCUCCCUCGCCGUCGCUUGUAUUCGAGCCGUUUGACCUACCGUCGACUAACCAGCGUACACUUGGCGCCCCUUACCCCGCCAACACUGUUACCCCACUCGCUUUAAGGCCAUCCGUGCAUGACAAUGCUGAGGUUGAGCUCGACACAGUUGUAGAGACCAUAAAGUCUCUCCAGGCACAGGAUGGUAUCCUCUCCAAGAAGCUUGCCCUCCACGGCACUCUCCUCUUUCGGGGACUCCCGAUUCGCAGUGCGGCCGACUUCAGCAAGUUCGCCCACGCUUUUGGUUAUAAGCCGCACGAGAUCAUCGGAAUUGUCGUCGAUAGGCAACUACUCGCACCUAAUGUAGCACCCGCAAACGAGGCACCUAAAGAGGUGCUAAUCUAUAAUCACAACGAGUCACCGCAGGUUCCGCACGCGCCAGAGUACAUUUUCUUCUACAGCCAGAAGGCACCCGAAAAAGGCGGCGAGACACCCAUAUCCUCAUCGCUCGAGCUCUUCUACCGCGCGCAGCAGGAGAUCCCCGAGUUCAUCGCCGAGCUCGCUGAGAAAGGCAUCCUAAGCAGGGUCGUUUACAAAGAGGGCAAGCAGUACGAGGGCGGCUCGACACUGCAACAGGCAUUCGGGAAAGAAAUCCAAGACGACGACGAUGCGGCCACACGGCGCUCCAAGAUCGAGGCCCAGAUCGCGCGCUAUGGUCGGGGCAAGUACACGACGUGGGAAUGGACAGACGACGACGGCCUUGUGCUCACUCACCGACUCCCGGGGAUCCGCACCCAGCGUGGCACGAACUUACCGACUCUGUUCACGGGACUGGCGGCGUACUACCGCAACUCGCAGGUGAACAGCGGGGCGAGGCGUACCGUCACGCAGCAGCUGUUUGGCGAUGGUUCGCCCAUUCCGGAGAAGUUCCUGGCGCGCCUGGCGGAAAUCACGGAUGAGAUCCGGGUGCUGCAUAAGUGGCAGCAAGGCGAUGUGCUUGUCUAUGAUAAUGUCGUUUCGCAGCAUGGGAGGCAGCCGUGGGAAGGGGAGCAGGCCGAUCGGGUGGUGCUUGCGAGUUUGUUUGAUGGAGAUGAUGUGCCUGGCGCGUAUGGCUUUGGCGAGUGGGCACAGGUUGUCCAAGCACUUGAUUUAUAGUCUGUAGCUUUCUAUAGCUAGGUAUUUUAGUGUUGUUGGACGAGUUUAGUAUUUUAUGAGGGGAAACCAGCCCCCCUGUUUUCAGCCAAAUAGCUGCUUUAUUAACUAGCCAUGCAACACCUCAACUUUACAAUACCGUUCUUAAUGUCCGUUAUCCAUUUCAACCUCUCAAUCUUUAAGGGAUAGACUCGUCUGCCCACAUUCCAAGGCACUAGCAACAUGUCCAUGGAUCGCACCUAGCCAAAACUCUCCAUCCAGAUGUCUGGUGCGCCAGGUUCGGGAAAGAGCACCAUAGCAAGACUGCUCGGUCAAUCUAUCGGCGGAGUAGUCAUCGACCACGACGUCCUUAGAUCCACUCUUCUUGAAUCCGAUCUUCAGUUCGGCCCGGCAGCGAGGUCUGCCUACGAGCUCCAGUGGGCGCUAGCACAAGACGUCAUGACGCAAGGUCUUAGCGUUAUCACUGACAGCACCUGCAACUUCCAAACCGUUCUCGACCGAGGAACGGAACUGGCCAAGGAAUAGGGCUAUAAUUACUGGUAUGUCGAGUGCCAGGUCCGAGAUAUUGAUCUAUUGGACCGGCGGCUGCGCUCCCGAGUCUCGAUGACGAGUCAACGAACUGGUGUUGAAUGUCCUCCCGCUGCUGCUGUGGCUGUAAAUGGAAUUGGUGAAAGCGAAGACUCGCGCACAAUCUUCAAGAGGUGGAUUGAGAAUCCAUGUCGUCCAGAGGACAGUAAUAUUGUCAUUAUAGAGUCAACAGGAAAAUCCAGAGAUGCUAUGAGACCAUAUUCUAAAAAUGAUUGCCAGCUACCUAAGGGGCCCAGGUGCAAGAUGGCAAGAACGACAUGUAGCUUAACCUAAUACUUUAAACAUCGCUUACUUGAUACAACACCCGUGCCGUCAUUAAGUUAAGG